AUGACGACGUAUAUUACGUAUUCAUAUCGUCGUUGUGCGUCAACAAAUCGUCGUCGAUACGACACGCGACACGACACGACACGAAUCGAAUCGAAUCGAAUCGAAUGGCAAAUAGCCAGAGCCAGAUACAUCAGGAGGCAUGGCAUAACUACAAGUCACAGAAUCCCUACAAACCGUUCCGUACGGGACCAGGCGAUGGAUCCUGAGCUGAGCGUGUUCCUCGCCAACGUCAUUCACGAAACUUACGGACAUGACGACCGCAAGGGAAAGACACGACUGGAAAAGCUGUAA